AUGAAAUUUGAUGGGUCUUCUACUAUCCAGUCUGGAGGGGUAGGAGUAGUUUUGUAUCAUGAAAAAGACAAGGCAGUGGCGCUAUCAUUCAAGCUAGAAUUCCCCUGUUCAAACAACACGGCGGAGUACGAAGCCUACUUAACCGGGCUCGCCACGGCUCUCCAAAUAAGAGUUAAACAUUUGAGGGUAUUGGGAGAUUCGAACUUGGUUGUCUGUCAGGCCAAGGGAAGCUUUUCCUUAAAAGAGCCCAGCCGAGCCCCAUACAGAGCGAUGGCCCAGAGGAUGGAAGAAAAAUUCUCAACCUUCGAAAUAGAGCAUUCUCCGAGAAACAAAAACCAAUUUGCAAACGCAUUAGCUGCACUAGGAUCGCAAAUAAUCUUCGAAGGGGAUAACAUCAGGAUAGAAGUCAGCAAAAGGGAGGAGUCCAUCAUUGAGGUGUUGAAGGAAAAGUUCCGUGAGGAACAGGGCGAAGGGGAUUGGCGAAUCCCCAUAAGGGAAGUCUUGAUAAAAGGAGAAGAUGCUGCGGAAUUAAAAAUACUAAAAGAUUACACCUUGGUGGGAGAAGGGCUAUACCGCAGGAUGCCAGGUGGGGUCUUGUCCAGAUGUGUGGGGCAAGAGGAAGCCUAG